AUGCAGCCUUCGUCAAGUACUGAACGCACUCCCCUGGUACAGCCCACGUACGUGUUCGAAUCAAGUCUCGCAAGACGCUAUCAGAAGCGAUUACACCAUAUGCAAUGUGCAAUAUGUGUGUUUCUCAUAGCGAUCCUUGCUGUAGCACUACUAGUCACCAUCUCCUACAACCUUAGCGAAAACAUAGAUGACACUCCUGAAGAGACUACCACAGUACAAACACCUAACAGCCUAACGUUGUUAGGAAUGUCCCUAGGCUCUAUACCCGGCGAUACAGUGCCUGGGAAGACCCUUAAGAAAAUGCCCCCGCCAUUACAACAGCUAUCGAAUAAAAAAUGGCCUAUUCCAGACCGCUAUCCUCCUAUGUGGGCUAAUGAACCGACUGAAGAAGAAAUCGCAUCAGCUGUACUUAAAGGUAAAGAGGCACUCAAAGAGCUGAUGGAUAUUGAAAAGUCGAGAAAACCACUGCCACAGAAUACACCAGCGAUUAGGGCACAGAAAGCUGCGGCCACGAAGGCUGAUGUGAAACCUAUGGCAAAUGAUGCUUAUGUUGUUGAAGUUGCUACCAGAGCCUUGACUGGCGGCAAAGACAUUUCUCAAGCCGAUGGUGGUAUUGGCCAAGGUCCUCGUCUGAAUGGUUCCUUCACCUUACCUCACUACUGCAUGGAGAAGCCAGAGCCUUGCAAACUAUCCAGGUACCGUACUGUGGAUGGCACUUGCAAUAACUUGGAUAAUCCACUUAAGUGGGGAGUGUCCAAGACACCAUUUAGAAGAGUUUUGCCAGCUGAUUAUGGUGAUGGUGUAAGUUCCCCCCGUGUCGGGGUAGAUGGAGCGCCUUUACCGAGCGCUCGUGACGUCAGCGUCACGGUACACAGGGCGAGCUACGUUCACGACUCAUCAUUCACCGUAAUGCUUGCCGUGUGGGGACAGUUCUUGGACCACGACAUCACUGCAACUGCUCUCAGUAAAGGUUCGAACGGCUCUGCCCUGUCCUGCUGCGACUCAUCACAACAGAAGCACCCAGAAUGUUUCCCAGUGCAGUUGGACGUAGGAGACCCCUUCUACGAGGGCUACAACAUCACUUGUAUGGAGUUCGUGCGGUCUGCUCCGGCCACUACCUGCCAUUUUGGUCCUCGUCAGCAGCUAAAUCAAGCCACAGCUUUCAUAGAUGCAUCAGUAGUGUACGGAUACUCUGAGAACACAACCGUCAUGCUACGAACUAUCACGGGGGCCCAACUGCGAAUGAUGAAGGUUGGGGGUCGGGAGCUGCUGCCUGCCUCUACUGACCCACACGACGGCUGCAAUAAUGCAGCUAUGUAUGCAAAGGGCCGUUACUGUUUUGAAUCAGGUGACGAUCGAGCCAACGAAAACCUGCACUUGACCACAAUGCACCUAAUCUGGGCUCGCCAACAUAACCGCAUCUCCGCUAUCCUCCGUGAACACAACCCUGAUUGGGACGACUACACCGUGUUUGAAGAAUCCAGGAAGAUCUUGGGCGCCCAGAUGCAGCACAUCACUUACAACGAGUUCCUUCCUAGUAUACUUGGUGCAGACGCGAUGUUUGCCCUAAACAUGACCCUGCAGAGCGAGGGUUACUCUGACGACUACGACCCCACGGUGGACCCCUCUAUCGCCAAUCACUUCGCAGCCGCUGCCUUCCGCUUCGCCCAUACACUCCUGCCUGGUCUGAUCCACAACACGAACAAGGCGACGGGCACGGUGCAGUACGUGCAGCUGCACCAGAUGCUGUUCAACCCGUUCGAGCUGUACGCCGCGAACGGCUCCGAGAGCGCCAUGCGCUCCGCCCUCGACACGCUCGUGCACGCCGUCGACCCGCACGUCACCAGCGAGCUCAGCGAACAUCUCUUCGAGCAGCCAGUAGCAGCUAACGUUUCAUCAGCCACGAAACUAGGCCCUUGCGGCUUAGACCUCGUGUCACUGAAUAUACAACGAGGCCGAGACCACGGCCUACCUCCCUACCCGAUGUGGAGAGAGCACUGCGGACUAUCCAGACCAAAGAAUUUCACAGACCUUCAGGAAAUCUUCGAUGAAUCAUCUUACAGCAGGAUUCAAAACAUUUACCGUUCUGUGGACGACAUAGACCUGUACACGGGGGCGCUGGCCGAGGACCCCAAGGGGCGGCUCCUGGGGCCGACCCUCAGCUGUCUCAUCGCCGACCAGUUCCUGCGGCUCAAGGUUGGGGACAGGUUCUGGUACGAGAGCUCCGACCCUACCAUUGGUUUUACUUUAGAGCAACUGGCAGAAAUCCGCAAAACUACGCUAGCGAGCGUGAUCUGCGUCAACGAAGGGCUCCUUGACCAGGCCCAGCCCAGGGUCAUGGAAGCCAUCAGCGCUACCAACCCUCUCGUGGACUGCAAGGAACUGCCACAACCAGACUUCACACCCUGGUUCAACACUUCAACGGGCAGCUAA